CGCAAAACCCUAGUUUGCUUCUUCCCUGAAACUGCCGCCGUUCAUUUUGAAUUUCAAAAUUUCACAGCCGUAGCCAUGCGUGAGAUCCUCCACAUCCAAGGCGGCCAGUGCGGCAACCAGAUCGGUGCCAAGUUCUGGGAGGUCGUCUGCGCCGAGCACGGGAUAGAUUCCACCGGCCGAUACAGUGGAGACAACGAUCUGCAGCUCGAGCGCGUCAAUGUCUACUACAACGAAGCCAGCUGCGGGCGCUUCGUUCCCCGCGCCGUGCUCAUGGAUUUGGAGCCUGGAACUAUGGAUAGCGUCAGAUCUGGUCCGUACGGACAGAUAUUCCGGCCGGAUAACUUCGUCUUCGGACAGUCCGGCGCCGGAAAUAAUUGGGCGAAGGGACACUACACUGAAGGCGCCGAGCUGAUUGACUCCGUUCUUGACGUCGUCAGGAAGGAGGCUGAGAACUGUGAUUGCUUGCAAGGAUUUCAAGUCUGUCAUUCACUUGGAGGAGGAACUGGAUCUGGAAUGGGAACUCUCCUAAUCUCAAAGAUCCGAGAAGAGUAUCCCGACCGUAUGAUGCUAACCUUCUCUGUUUUUCCAUCGCCAAAAGUCUCCGACACAGUUGUGGAGCCUUACAACGCCACAUUAUCCGUCCACCAGCUCGUCGAGAACGCCGACGAGUGUAUGGUGUUGGACAACGAAGCUCUCUACGACAUCUGCUUCCGAACUCUCAAACUCACCACUCCAAGCUUCGGAGAUUUAAACCACCUGAUUUCGGCGACAAUGAGCGGGGUAACAUGCUGCCUCCGAUUCCCAGGGCAACUCAACUCUGAUCUCCGAAAACUCGCUGUCAAUCUGAUCCCCUUCCCGCGGCUCCAUUUCUUCAUGGUCGGUUUCGCCCCUCUAACAUCCCGAGGCUCGCAGCAGUACCGCGCCCUCACCGUCCCGGAGCUCACGCAACAAAUGUGGGAUGCAAAGAACAUGAUGUGCGCCGCCGACCCCCGCCAUGGCCGCUACUUAACAGCCUCGGCAAUGUUCCGCGGCAAAAUGAGCACGAAGGAGGUCGACGAGCAGAUGCUGAACGUGCAGAACAAGAACUCAUCCUACUUCGUCGAGUGGAUCCCUAACAACGUAAAAUCGACAGUCUGCGACAUCCCUCCGACUGGGCUGAAAAUGGCGUCUACGUUCAUCGGGAACUCGACAUCGAUUCAGGAGAUGUUCCGGCGGGUCAGCGAGCAGUUCACGGCAAUGUUCCGGCGGAAGGCGUUCUUGCAUUGGUACACCGGCGAGGGAAUGGACGAAAUGGAGUUUACGGAGGCGGAGAGUAAUAUGAACGAUCUGGUGGCGGAGUAUCAGCAGUAUCAGGACGCGACGGCGGAGGAAGAGUAUGAGUAUGAAGAAGAAGAGGAGGAAGACGAAGGUGUUCGCGACUGAUUUUUAAGGUAAAUCUAUUUUUACCUUGAAAUUUUUAUCUUAAAAUUAUCGAAGAACUGCAAUUAUUACCAGAACUUUUAUUUACCUGAAAAAUCUGUUUACUGUUCAAGGAGUUCUGUAGUGGUAGUAAUGUGUGUAAUGCUUUCUGGGCAUUGUUCUGAAUCUUUUCUCUUUUCUUGAAUUGUAAUGAGUGUUUAAAUGAAAAUAGUCAUUACAACA